AUGGCCGUGGAUACUGAAAAGUCUGACUGCGGCGGUGGAGUGACCGCUCAAACCCUCUCUAACGAAUUUGGAACCCAUGGUCGCAAUGUUUUGGAGUUUGAUCCCCAAGUAGUUCGCAAGCUGCGACUCAAGAUCGACCUCAUUAUCCUCCCCAUAUUAGCUAUCAUGUAUACGUUCAACUCGUUAGAUCGAAGCAACCUUGGGAACGCGAAGACAGCAGGGCUGUCUAAAGACACGAACCUGAAAGGAGAGCAGUAUAAUUUGCUCCUGACCCUCUACUAUGUCAUGUUCGUUCUCUUCGGACCUGUCAUGACUGUUUUCACCAAAGUCUGCUCGGCAAAGGUCAGCUUGCCAUGCAUGAUGCUGGCUUUUGGCAUUGCCUCUACUACCACAUCUGUGGCGAAAGAUUUCGGGGGCCUGGCUGCCUGUCGCAUUACCGUUGGUAUUUUCGAGUCUGGCUUCCUAGCAUCCGUUGUCUUUUACCUCAGUAAGUGGUAUACUCGAGGAGAAAUCGCUUCUCGCAUUGCCAUUUUCUAUGCCGGCGCUGUAAUCGCUUCGGCUUUCGGAGGGUUGCUAGCUUUCGGAAUGUUCCAAGUCAAACCUUCCGGAAAUCUCUUCGUUUGGUCGUAUCUUUUUAUCCUCGAAGGCUGCGUUACUUGCCUAGUCGCCAUAAUCGCAUACCUUGUGCUUCCGAAAGAUAUCGCGCAUGCGUAUUUCCUCACUCAAAGUGAGAAAGACGUGGCAGAGAAGCGAAUUCAGCUCGAAUCAAUGCAAAACCGGAAUGACAAGUUUGUUUGGUCCGAAGCCAUAUCGGAGUUCAAGACCAUCCAUGGUGUCGCACGUAUCCUCAUCGCCUUCUCGGUGGGCAUCCUCCCAAAUUCGAGCGCCAAUUUUCUCGCUAUAAUGGUUGUACGAUUUGGAUACUCCGUCACCAAAACAAACUUGUACACCGUCGCGCCCGCUAUCACAGCCGCUGUUUUUCUACUGGUCUUCGCAUACUCAUCGGACUACUUCCGUGAGCGCGGGUUUCACAUGACCGCCCCCCUCGUGCUUAGUCUGGUAGGUUAUGCGGUUUUGCUCGCAGUGGAUGUCGAACAUGAAAAGGGUAUCGGAUACAUGGCAAUAUUCUUUUGCACAAUCGGGGCGUAUCCAAUGAGUGUAAUAUUCUCCGCAUGGACUGUCGCAAAUAUCCCGAAUUUGAAUGCCCGCGCAUUCACCACUGGUGUUUUACUGGCUUGCCUCAAUUCCAUGGGCCUGGUCACCUCCAAUAUUUUUUUCGCCAAAGAGGCCCCUCGAUAUAAAACAGCUCUCAUUGUUAACAUGUCCUUUCCAUGUGCCGGCAUUGUCUUCACCGUCGGUUACUCUUUGUACCUGAGAUUCUUGAAUCGCCAGCUGGAUAAGAAAGAACGAUUAUCGGUCGCAGAGGGGACGACAGAUGAACCUGGAUACUUCAGAUUUCAAACGUAG